AUGGGCAGGCAUCGAUGGAGACCUUUCAAGGUCCGUCUGGACUACUUUGAGGAGCAUCCUUCCUAUAGGCCUCAAGGCCUCCGAUCGGACGCCCGACUCCGCACCAACAUCCCCGGAACCCGGCACCGUGUUACUUACACUGCCCGCCAAAUCCAGCAAGGAACCUUCGAUGAUUUUGGCGAAGCUAGCUCGCCGUCUCCUCAGCGUCCAAUGGCCCUUCCAAUUCAGGCCGAUUCCGACGAAGCCGCGAGUGACGCCGCCAACCCGAGUGGGAUGGAUUGGGAUGAAGAGCGUUACAGCGAGUACGGUGGUGGCUUCGAACACGACUUCGAUCCAGCCCCAUACUCUCCGGAUCGAGCAUCCCAUUUCCCAACCUCGCUUGACUAUAGUGCAAUCGCCGAGCGAUUAUCACUGGCUGACCUGCGCCAAGUCGAAAGUUUCGAAUCAGCCACACGUGGUCAGUCGAAGCAAGGAACGUACAAGCAAUUCGUGUUCAACGACGCUCGCCUUAGGCGCUUGGAACGGCCAGCGCUUCUGCGCCAGUACAUCGCGUUUUGCGCUGGGGUCAAAGGUCAUCUACGGCCCUUGAUUGACGUGGACGAGGAGCUGUGCCAGGGUUCGGUCGCUAGCGAAGUGCCGCCGCCUUGUUCAUGCAAGAGUCCCCUCACGUUACGGCUUGACGUGUACGACCUCAUAAGCUGUAUGUGAAUCAGGCGAAUUGGGUCGCUGUGUCGAACGUUGCGCUGACAAGGUCGAAUGGUUGAAUCAAUGCAGUGGUCGAGGUGCCGAUCGCUUUUUGUCCGAGAUCCAGCAGCGAUAGCCCAUGCCUUACGUACGCCGAGCGCCUUGCUCAGAUUGGAUUAAUCGGAUCGACCGCAGCUGCUCCUCGCUCUGCAUUCACCUUUCGACUUCUGGUGGAGCACCGCGCCGUUUCCUGUCGAUGGAGCAGCUCGCGGGCUCGACAUUUUCUAUGAGCAAACUGGAUGGGGUCGGCCGGGCCUGAGUCAGCAUAAAUUCGUGAGUUCGACCUCCUGUCAUGAUUGCUAUUGAGCAUUAUCUGAUGUUUAUCAUCGUUUGCGCAGGACAAGGAGUUGCGAAAGCAACUCCAGCGCGCCCUUGACGAAUUUCGGGCUCUCACGACAUCCGAGCGAGAAUUGGGCGACCUCGUCCUCGGUGUCGCGGAUUCUCUCUCGGACAAGUGUCCAGCAUGCUACGGAUCGACGCGUCUAAACCAAGCCCACCAUAGAGUCGAAGUGCAGCAUCUUGUCGCUCUGGAUGGCAACUUCCAACAUUCUCGCGACACCUCAGCCAAAUACGAUCCUCAGGAGUCGACGCCAGCCCUCUUCCUCGGCGAAGAUGAGCUCGAAUCGAUGAAGGAGAUCUGUGAUGGUGGCGACAGCAAGAAGUCAGAAAAGGUCCGCUGAUCCGAGCCGCCCCCUGCGAUCCUUUCAACGCGCUGACGCCUUUCCUCUUGCGUCUUGAAGGCUUGUGCUGAUUCGUGGAAAGCGGCCAACGGCGGUGCGACACAAAUCUCGCGGGGCAAGUCCGAUACGGGCCUAGUUGCCUGUGUCUGCCGUCACGAUAUCGCGUUGAAGAUGGUCAACUUGUAUCAAUCAGGUGAAAAGUUCGUCAGCUCAGCUCCUCUCUCACCCGCUUACAAGGCCUGACGCUCGUUUUUGAUGAGGCAGGCGCUACUACGGCUUAUCGCUGCUGCAACAUAUUUCGAACCAACUCCCGUCCGACGAUACACUCGGAGUGCUGUAUGAUGUUGCGUGUAAUUUGGACGGCUACAUGCAAUCGGUCAGCAAGAGUGGCGGAUCCGUCGUUUCUUAGAUUUCUGGCCCUGGGGCGCCGCUGACCUUCACUGUACUUCGAUCGCCCGCAGAGAGGUAUCCUUCCCGAUUUGUUUCCGAGAUUGAAGUUUGCCACGAGCGUGUUUCAUGCUUUUGCUCAUCAAUGGCCCUGCCAGCUCGAGUACAACCCGCGCCUGAUUCAGCACUUUGGGUUGACGGAUGGGGAGGGAUGCGAACGCGUUUGGAGUCAGCUCCGAUCGCUCAUCCCGAUCAAUCGUCCUGCGAGCGCUUCUCACCGGCGCGUCAACAUCUCGCGUCGCAUCGACCUGAUGAACAAGAACGGUGUUGACAGCCUCGGUAUGCUCUGCCAUCCACACUUUCACGCCGUGUUCGUUACUCAAUCGUGCGCUCCGCAGACGACUGUCGAAUGCUCAAGAUCAGCUUGGAAGGGCACAAACUGAUCUGAGCGACGUUUCGGCAAUAUGGUCCGAGUCUGACCUUCUCGCGCAAUGGGAUUUACAGCGAGCUGCUCAAGCGGCCACAACGGCGAGUCGACGUCGGGAGAACGAGGACAAGGAGCGAUUAGAGCUUUUCAACAUUGUACAGAAGCUACACCACGUGGAAGAAAGGCUGUACGUUCGGCGCGUCAAGCCCCAUUGGAGGACAAGGGCGUAAAAUUGACACUGUGUCUUGGCAUUGUGUGUUCAGAUUCGAUCCAAUGGCUUCCGAUGAAGCGAAGGCUCGCUUGCAGCAACAGCUAAGAGCUUACCAACAAGAAUACAAUCGUACGAAGGAACUUGCAGCUUCAGGUGCGGCGCGCGUCCUAUCUUUAUGAGUACCGCCACCUGAUAAUUGAUGUCCCAUGACAUACCUAGAUUUCCAGCAUUUGUGCAACUGCGUAGUCAAACUUCGCGCAUUACACAAAGCGACGGUCCAAUUGCAAUGCUGUCAAGAACGAAUUGACUCAAUGGGUCGGGGACGAAGCGGCGCGACAAUCGGUCAAGUCGAAGCCAGCAAGCUUGUCAGCGUCUCACAGACGCACAGCAAGAAAGUAAAAGUGGCAAUCGAUAUGUACAAUAAAGCGGUCGGGGAUUACCGAAAUGCUGCGACCGAGCAAUCGGCCAAGAUUCUGGACAACUUGCCGCUUGCUACCACGAUAAAGUCGCUUGUGACUCUGUCGCCAACGGACGCUUUCUGGCAAGACGGUUUUUUCGUACACGACACUGCGCCUUGGGCGAUCGAUACCGAUGUUCAGAAAGGGAUCAAGGCGGUUCUACGCAAGCAGUUGUCGAACCUCAGCUCCGAUUCGAAGAAUCUCUUCUUCCGCCCUGGCCCUGAGCUACUCAAAGCCAGGGCGGAAGAAGAGAUUCUUCGAAUCGGAGCUGAGGUUCGACAACUGCUUGCGUAG